CAUCUUAAAGAAAUUUAUUGUUCAUCUUAACAACAAGCAAACAAAAACAAGAAAGCCAUAUCAAGUCCCUAAGAUUCUAUUUCCUUUAAUUCUCCCUUUUCUUUAUGUUCACAGGGUAGGACUUGUUUGCUGAAUCACAAAUAUAGGCGUCGAUCUAUGUGUCUGUAUCUCCAAUUGUAAACUUUACAUGCUACAAAAUCUUAGCAAGUGUGAUGAGUUUGGUCGGUCUGCAAUUUGUGAUGUAUGGCAAGAACCUGUACAGAAAUAAAAAUAAUUUAUAUUCUCAAUAACUUUGAUAACUUAAUUGCUUAGAAUGAUUUAUUGUCUUAUUUCCCAUUCGAAUUGUAAUAUGCAGGUAUGAAGCAAAGUUCAUCGAUAAGAUCAUCAAAGAAAUUUUGCAUCAAUUACACCCUAAUCACUUGAAUGUGGCCAAACACCUGAUAGGAAUAGAUUUUCGUGUUGUGGAGAUGAAAGCCUUAUUACAUCUGGAAAAAAAUGAUGUUCGCAUUGUUAGCAUCCAUGGGAUGAGUGGAAUAGGUAAAACAGUCAUAGCAAAAGCUGUUUAUAACGAAGUAAGUGAUGGAUUUGAAGGAAGUACUUUUCUCCAAGACAUUAAAGAAACCUCAAGACAGUCUGAUGGUUUAGUCAAGUUACAAAAAAUUCUUCUUAUUGAUAUCUUGAAAAACAGAGAUUGGCCAUUCGAAAAUGUUGAUAGAGGAAUCUAUUGGAUUAAGAAACUCCUAGCUAGGAAAAAAGUUCUUAUUGUUCUUGAUGACGUGGAUGACGUGGAUCAACUACAUGCAUUAGCUGGAAACACUGACUGGUUCGGUGCUGGAAGUAGAAUCAUUGCAACAACUAAAGAUGAACAUUUGCUAAAGCAAUUAGGAAACUAUGAAAAAUAUAAAGUGGAAGAAUUGGCUUGUACAGACUCUCUUGAACUUUUUAGCUGGCAUGCCUUCAAGAUGCCCCAUGCAAUGGAAGAUUACCAUGAGCUUUCGAUUAGUGUAGUGAAGUAUACUGGAGGGCAUCCAUUAGCUCUUGAAGUUUUGGGUUCUUUUCUCUUGGGAAGAAGCAUUACCGAAUGGAAAAGCACAGUGGAAAAAUUACAAAAAAUGCCUGACCCUCACAUUCGAAAAAUACUUCGAGUAAGCUUUGAUUCUUUAGAUGAGACAACAAUGGACAUAUUCCUUGAUAUUGCAUGCUUCUUUAUAGGGAUGGACGCAGAAUAUGUUGCCAAAAUUCUCCAUGGUUGUGGUUUUUUUCCUGAUAUUGGUAUUAGUAAUCUUGCUCGAAGGUCUGUUGUGAUAAUAGAUUGCCAUAAUAAGCUGAGGAUGCAUGAUUUGAUUCGAGAUAUUGGAAGGGAAAUUGUUCGCGAAAGUUCAUGUAAAGAUCUAGGAAGACGUAGUAGGUUGUGGUUUCAUGAGGAUGUGUUAAAUGUACUAAACAGUGAACAUAAGGUAAGAGAUUUACAUUUAUGCAUAACCAUGUGCACAUAUAUAUAG